AUGAGUCGGUGGCUCGCACUUGCUGCCUCGGCCUUGUCAUUCUCUCUCUUUCUAGGACUUAUCACUUCUUUACCAGCAACAGCGCUCUCCGAUGCCCAGGUCGAAGCAUGGCUGAAGCAAAAGGAUUCCUCGUUGAAGCCUCUGACCCUGACGCGACGCGACGCAGCUGGCAUCAAACCAAAGCACCUAAGACCUUCCUCGCCAAACUCAAAGUCGAAGCGCGACAUCACUCCUCCAGAUGUUGGCCAAGUAGCUGAAUUCAGUGGUUCGCCACAACCCCUGAGGAACGGCGCAGGAGGGGAAUUCAGCGGCGACGAUACAAACCACGAGAUUGAUGCCCAGAACCCGGACAAUGUCGCUGGCCCCCCAACUGAUUCCGGUGUUGUGCCAAAUCUCAAAUGGAGCUUCUCGUCCUCGCAUACCCGAUUGCUUAAAGGUGGCUGGGUUAGAGAGCAAGCGAUCACAGAUCUACCUCCUUCCGUAGAUAUUGCAGCAGCAGAACUUAGACUGGCUCCUAAUGCCUACAGAGAACUUCAUUGGCAUCGCGUCGCAGAGUGGGGAUACAUUUUGAAUGGCACAGGUCGUGUAUCGGCAGUUGAUGAAGACGGUCGAAGCUAUAUCUCAGAUGUCGUCGGUCCUACCGCCAACGGCGACCCCGAUAUCUACUACUUCCCCCCAGGCGUGCCACACAGUAUCCAGGCUCUCGGUGACGGCCUCGAGAUUCUCAUCUUGUUCACUGACGGGAACUUCGACCGCACGGGAACAACAUUCAUGUUGUCUGACUGGCUUGCCCGAACGCCUUUAGCUAUUGUCGCGCAGAACCUCGGCGUCAACGUCAGUGAACUGGCAAAUAUACCACAGAGGGAUCCGUACAUCAUCCCACUACCGACGGGCAGUCCACCUCCACCUCCGCUUGGCCAUGCAGACGAAAGUGCCCCUGUUUCCCCUGAUGGCAAGGUUCCAAGUCCGUUCGUGUUCAGGUUGUCACAGCAAGAGAAGACCGUCGCGAAGGGAGGAGGAGGUUGGGUUAAAAUCCAAGAUUCGGUUACUAAUUUCCCGGUCUCCAAGGAAGUAGCGAGUGCGCUCGUCUUUGUAGAACCCAACGGUCUUCGUGAAUUGCAUUGGCAUACCAAAGAUGAAUGGCUUUAUAUUAUUCACGGUAAAGGCAGAGCUACCGCUUUUGCCGGGUCAAGCACCUCUCGAACUUUCGACUUCCAGGCCGGUGAUACCGGCGUCUUCCCGAACUCUUAUGGACACUAUAUCAAGAAUCUUUCUCCAACCGAACCCCUCAUAUUCUUAGAGAUCUUCAAGCAAGAACGCUUCGUUGAUUUCAGCGCCACACAAUGGCUUGCCUUGACACCUCCUCAAGUUGUGGCUGAUUUAUUAAAUAUAUCCGUGGCCACAGUACAGAGAUUCAACAAGGAGAAGCAGGUUAUCAUAGCCUAG